UCACUGGUUGUGAGUGCAUAAAGAGCCACCAAGAAUAUGAUUUCGCUUCUUGCUAAGAAAUAACACGAUAUCUCUUGGUUUUGCGAUGCAUGUGCAGUUGUUGAAUACUUCCAGCCUCGUUCAGCGUUCUUAGAAAGAAGAGAAGUGACCUGUAGGGAGUAAAUAACGAUACUAAUAUCGGAGGAAUGAGCUUCUCAAUAUGUCGAGUGCCCAGCAGUAAAUCGCGUAGGCACGUGGUCGUUUAGUGAAGAGGGAAUUAUAGACGAAGAAGAGAGACAAACGAAACCUCCUGCACGCACAAAAAAACAACAACAACAAACAGAAGGAUAGUGAACAAUAAUUACAAAAAGAAAACGAUAACAACGACGCAAAAUAACAAAAUAAAAACGAGGAGAGGCGAAAAAAAAAAAAUGUUACGAGCCGGCAAGAGAGAGGGAUGGAGGCCUGUGGAAGGAGGACCAUCGUUGCCUCGCUCGUUGGCGUUGCUGUGUGCCUUGGCGUUGCACCAGGCAGUUGCAUUCAACGUGAACCUUGAAGAUUUUCAAGUCUUGCAACCGCCGACGCAGACUGGGAUUCAUUUUGGCUUCUCUCUCGCUCAUUUCUUCAAUGGAACGGACAGAAGGGUCCUGGUGGGGGCUCCUUUGGCCAACACCUCGCAGGACGUGAGCCAGCCUGGCGCCCUCUACACGUGCGACCUCGGCAGCAGCCCCUCGUGCACGCAGGUGGAGGUGGACACACGCAACGCCGACGACAAGUACAGACCUUGGAUUCACGAGGACAAGAAGGACCAUCAGGGCCUCGGCUUCUCGCUCGUCGCCUCCGAGGAGAUCGUGGUGGUGUGUGCCCCACGAUGGCACGUCUAUGAGAAACUCCUGGGCGGUGAAAAGGACUUGGCAUCAGGUAUCUGUUUCUCUGCAAAUGCUCCGGAUUUCAACAAGUUCACUGCCUUUUCACCUGCCUACGACGUAACAAUUGCUAAGGACGUGAGUUAUACAAACAACGGGACGUGUCAAGUGGGAAUGAGCAUGUCGUACAGCAAGGACACGAAGUCGAUUUCUUUCGGAUCUCCUGGGUGCUGGAGCUGGCAGGGCGACGUCUGGGACAUCAGUAAGGACAGCCUGUCGGACACGAAUACCUUCCGUCGGGCUGAGCAAAUCGACUUCAAGGACGUCGGCCUCUCCAGCAGCUCCGAGGGCAGGUACUCAUCUCUGGCAGACCUCUAUCUGGGCUACAGCGUUGCUAGUAUUACGUACGCCCGUAAGCCUGCUAUUGUGUCUGCCAUGCCUCGGCCUGUCUCCACGCAUGACUUGAGGGUAGAGGAGAAGAAUCGCGUGUUUGGUCCAGUGAUUCUGAUUUUCGAGAAUGACCAAGAGACAUUGAAAGUUCUGGACACCAUUAAACCGCCAAUAAAUACGACCAAUAACUUCGAAGCCUCUGUGGACAGCAUGUUUUCUUAUUUCGGUUACUCGCUGACGGCUGCUGACCUGAACGGCGACGGGUUGGACGACCUGGUGGUGGGGGCGCCCUUGUACCACAACCACUCGCAUCACGACCAGGGCGCUGUGUUCGUGUACAUGCAGAAGAAUUUCGCUUAUGGAGGCGACGGUGUUAUGGGCACGGAGAUGAAACUUGAAAUUGAUUCUCCGUCUCGAAUGGGCCACGAAUCCUACGGUCGCUUCGGCAGCUGCGUGGCUUCCGUCGGCGACCUCGGUGGCGAUGGAUUCCAAGAUAUAGCUGUCGGCGCCCCGUUUCUGGAAAGCGGCGGGAAAGUGUUCAUUUAUCUCGGAUCAGCCGAUGGACUUAAGAAAACGCCGAGCCAGGUAAUAGACGCAAGGGAGAUGGACGCGUCCGUUCGUCCGCUCAGAGGCUUCGGAUUCGCCAUCGCCCAGAAGCUGCCUGACGCAGUGGGAAAUGGCUUUGACCUCGGAAUCGGAGUCUUCAAUUCGGAUAAGGUUUUAGUGUUCAGGACGAAAGAAGUAAUUACGGUGGAAUGGAACGUGACUUUCGAUGGGAGAAUGGACCUUACGGUCGAGAACUGCUUCUACACGGGUCCGGGUAUGACACCAGGAAAAUAUCCUUGUGUUGGGAUGGAGACCUGUUUCCUUUAUCGGGCCAUGAACGCCAAGACGAAGACGAAGCAGACUUUGGAGUUUACCAUAAAAUUAGAAGCAGAUAUUAAGCAGCAGGAGAAGCGACUGUUCUUUAGUAACGGCCUCUCGGAGACGAAUCUGACGUUUAGCCAAGAGAAGGACAGUUGGUCGUGUCGGGAGGAAAGUGUGUUGGCCAAGAAGGACAUCAAGGAGCUAAUCCAACGCUUUGUUAUACGAGCUGAAGUUGCUAUGAAGAAAGAAGCAUCUCAGGCAGUAUGUAUACAUCUGCAUUUGUAA